CAUAUUAAUACUAAUAAUAAUUAAAUUUAGUCGAAUGAUAAGCGCCUACAAGCCAAAUUCCCUAUACGCUGUACCCUACAAAAGUUGGUACCCCUGCAUGGACUUCUUUUAAACCUCCACAGGAUAUGAACUUAUGGCCCACGUUACGACGAUUACAGCAGUAUUAAAUGGCUCAGUUUUACAGGGGCUGUAUGUGAAAUCGGAGUCCAAUAUGAACAUCGAAAAUGAAAAAAUACGCAAAAAUUUCGCGGGAGAGCCUUGGGUAGUUCCUCUUCAUGCGCAGAAUCACCCAGAGACCACACGUCGGAGGUCCUCACAACGAAGUCCUGGGUUGCAGGCGGACUUGAUGCCCAUAUUACAGUUGAUUAGGAUGAUGGGGAUACUGCCCAUUAAUUUCCAGCCAAACGGAGAAGUUGAUUUCAAAUUACUCUCAUGGAUCACGUUGUACUCCGUACUGAUACAAGGCAUUAUCGUGGUUACUACAGUCAUUACUCUGAAAGAGAGGUUAGGGAAAUUGGCGGAUGACAGCGCAGACUUUAAAGAAAACGUCCUUGAGAUCAGCUGCAGUCUGUGUUUCUUUCCAGCCUUCCUGGGCUUGAUCAACCAUCUUCCAGAAAGUGGAAAGAAGGCGAGAUUCUUCAAGGACUGGGGUAACCUAGAGGUAACGCGUAUAAUUAUUAUUUCGUAUUGUAUCAGCUUUUGAAAUUCGCUUGUACUUCAAAAGCAAACCAACAUUGCAGAGAAUUGCAAAUGACACGACAGCUUUAAUAUCUGUGAUGGUGAAGUGUUUUCUUUGAGGUACGGACUGAAUUAUUAAAUAUAAUUUGGAGAACUUCGGCUCCAAAAAGGUAAUAAUUUAAAAUAUAAACGGUUGCGUAAAUGCGAAGAAGAAAUUCAAGCAGACCUUACACGGAUGUAACAUUUAUAUGUAUUAUGUGCAAUCCGUAAUAUACUAAGCUACGCGACACGCGAAUAUGGCGCCAUUUUACACCUGUUUCUGCUCUGAUAAUGAAGAAAAUUGUCCAAAAAAAGAUCGUAUUUUGUGUGUUUAACUUAGAAGUUAACAUCGUUGGCUGUGGAGUCCUUUUUGGGUUAAGACAGCUUAAACGUGAACCUGAUGUCCCACUUCGGUUUAAUGCCGAUGUUCAGAAAACGUGAAGUCUCACUGAUAUUUGUCUCAUACGUCGUCGUUGAUCUUGCAGAGGGAGUUCCGUCGUGUGGCGGACCGAGACCUGCUGAUAUGGCUGGGCAGGAAGAU